AGCAGACCCCCCAAACGUUUUCCCCCCGAGUGUUGCGGAACUUCCACGUGAUCAUCCAUCGGUUUUUUUUUUCUACCCCUUCCAUCCAUAAAACUGCGGCGGGUCCCCUCUGUACUGUUUGGCUCAGUGUUGGCUGCACGAGCAGCUGGAAGCAGACACCGACCAGCUCACUGAGAUAACCCGACAUGAGGCUGGGACUGGCCGCUCUGCUGAGCCUCCUCUGCCUGCUCAGCCUGUCGGAGUGCGCUCCUCCGACCUGCUACUCCAGAGCGCUCGGCCUGAGCAAAGAAGUCAUGGCUCUGCUGGAUAAGAUCCACACGUACCACCGCACGAAAACGUGCGCUGAAGUCCUACCUACGAUCUUCCUUGACGUGCAUAACUCAUGUGUCACCACCAAGCUUCGUGACUUUCUCUAUGUGGUGCUGAACCAUCCCAACCAGUACUGCAGAGAGCGUCCCAGAAUGGUGCUGCUGAAACGUAAAAUCCAGAACCUGUACACCAUCAUCACCAGGAUUUGUUAUCGGGACCUGGUGUUUUUCACAGAUGACUGUGAGGCUAUUGAUACCGGUCACAGCAGCCCUUACUACGCAGAGGACAGGCUUCAGCUCCUGCAAGAAGAGAGAUGAGAAACACACAAAAGAAAACAACAUACACUCCUCUAUUACAUAUACAUUAUAUAAACACAUGUCAACAAAAUACAGAAUGAACGUACAAACACAUGUACAUAUACACACCACAGCCUGCAGUGCAUUAAAUGCAUCAUAUGGUUUUGGCAGGACACAUAGUGCUGUUUCAUGCCCUACCCAGUUGGUUCGUGCUAUAGCUGCACACUCAUGUUAGAGGACAUGUGUGUUACAUUCCAGCAAGUAGUGCAGAACUUUCCACAGGAAAUUUGCUGAAUGCCAACCAUGCCGAUGAAAACCUUAAAAUAAUAAACCAAUAAGAGAUGCUUCUGAGCCGGGCUUUAACGGCUGCUUACUUACCAAGGCUGAUCAAAGCUCCGUAUGCCAUUAAGAGAAAUAUGUUGUGUUGCCAUAACCCUUGGUCUGACUAACGUGUCUUAAAGGAGCACUGUGCAGUGUUUUGUAAACUUUGAACGAGUUGAACAUGGUGGCUGAAAAUGUUAUGUAAGAAUUAGAUGUCCCUACGUGUUGCCUUGGUUGAACAGUGUGUUCCCUCAGAAUUCUUUUAUGUUUUCUCGUUGUUUAAAACCAGAGAAGUUGUGACAGUGCUGCUGCUUCUUGGGGUGAAGCUCAACAAAAAAUAAUAUUUUUAUAGCCUUAGGCACAAUGCAUAUGAAACAAUAGAGCCUUAACUGUUAUAGAAAUACUAGACACAUAUACCAGUUCUUUAUAAUGACAUU